CCAUCCCCCGAUCUCCUCCGCCCAAUUUGUCUUUAUUUUGUUCCUUGACGUCGUGAAGAAGAAAAGAAAAAAAGACGUACAUAGUUUGAACGUGACGUUACGCGUUUUGCAUGUCCCAUUGCCCUAUACUCCAAGCUCCUAUCGUUCGGAGCUGUUCACCUUCUACAAACUUCACCGAAAGGUCGUAAUAGCUCAGACCAGGCACGCAUUGUUGCAUUCAUGCAGCGAGAUCUAUGAUAGACCUAACGCCUGCUAUUCUUGAAUAAUCUCGCCAUGGAGAGCCCAAACGGCGCUGCUUCAGCAGCUUCGCCUCCCAAAGGAUCGCCGCCGCCUACACCGAAAGAAGCUCCUAAACGGCCAGAACCUGAGCCAGAAUCCAAUUCAUCUCAACCCCGUAAACGUCAGAAGAGACGCCAGUCUUCUGCAAAGGUGGAAUCCCCAAAGCCCGUAGUGGACGAGCCUAGUCCGAAACCUCCAAGCCAAAGCCCUGUUCCAUCAAAAACAACGCCCGUGCCAUCAUCGACUCCCAAGCCGCCGCCAGGACCGACUGGCGUUAUUCGGAAUUUUAUUGGCAACCAGUUCAUCGCGUCAAAGACGCGCAGCUGGAGCCCUGCUUUUGACCCGUCAACUCAAAAGUUACUCACGCGAGUUCCUGAAUCCACGCAAAACGAGGUGCACGAGGCUGUUGCAAGUGCAGAACGAGCUCAAUUAUCAUGGCGCAGACUGCCUCUCACGAAGAGGCGAGAACAUUUGUACCGUCUCACCGAAAUAUUUCGAGUCAAUCGAGCUAAGCUGGCCCAAACAAUCUCACUUGAUACGGGAAAGACCCUUGAAGAUGCUUCUUCAGAAGUCUCGCGGUCUAUCAAUAUGUGCGAAGCGGCGCAUUCGGUCACGAGCGUCAUCUUAGGUUACCAUUUCUACAACGAGUCGACCGCAACCGAUACGAUCAACGAGCCUCUGGGCGUGUGUAUGGCCGUCACACCCUUUACCUUUCCACUGAUGAUCCCCAUGUGGUUCAUCCCAUUCGCACUAGCUACGGGCAACACGAUGGUGCUCAAACCUUCUGAGCAAACGCCCAUGGCAACCACUCUCUUGGCCGAGAUGAUUAUUGAAGCAGGCUUUCCGCCCGGUGUCUUAAACAUUGUGCACGGUGGGCCCACCGUUGUCGAUCAAUUACUGGCGGAGCCAGCGAUCAAAGCCGUUUCUUUUGUGGGUUCCGACCAGGCCGGCCGACACGUUUACGACAUUGCCGUGGCAAGUCGAAAACGUAUUCAGGCAAACUGCGCCGCCAAAAACCAUGGUGUUAUUCUCCCUGACGCCAGCAAAUGGCAGACAUUAUACGGUUUGGCCGGAAGUGCCUUUGGCGCAGCCGGCCAACGUUGCAUGGGAAUAAGUGUAGCUGUUUUUGUUGGAUCUAGUAUUGACUGGCUACCGGAGCUUGUGCAGAUUGCGCAACGCCUGAAAGUAGGUCCCGGAUACGAACCGGGCAUUGACAUAGGACCGCUGAUUAGUCCAGCGGCCAAGGCAAAAGUUGAACAAGCAAUACAGACCGCUAUUGACGACGGAGCGACGUUGCUGCUUGAUGGCAGAGGAUUAGAACUUGAGGCUUUUCCGGAUGGGAAUUUCCUUGGGCCCACCAUUCUAAGCAAUGUUCAGACAUAUAUGCCAUGCUACCAAGAGGAGAUCUUCGGCCCAGUGUUGGUCUGCCUCCAUGUGGAUACACUGGAAGAGGCCAUUGAAAUGGUCAAUGAUAAUCGAUACGGUAACGGCGCAUCAAUAUUCACCAGCAGUGCGACAAAAGCACAGCAAUUCCAGCGAGAUGUCAAUGUCGGACGAAUAGGGAUCAAUGUUCCUCUGCUGGCUACGUCAGGUCAAGUUUCCAACAGCAGUAAUAAAGAUUCUUUUCUUGGAGAAAUCAAUUUCCACGGCUUCAAAGGAUACGACUUUUAUACAUCUAUCAAAACAGUAUCGUCUAUCUGGCGAGAAGAUCCGCCAAGUCUUUGACCGCGCAACUUCACCUUGAUACUCUCUGGUGGACCGCAAAUUAUUUUUUUACUAUUCAACCUAUCAUCUGAGGUUUUAUGGUUCACUAUCAUGUGAGCAUAGCCUCUGCACCCGUGCAUGCUUUUGCGCACGGGAUUCCAGUCGGGCAAUUCUUUUUUUGGGAAGCAAAAUCGGAGUUGGAGUUCAUUGCAAAAAGGUUACCAAAGGGAGGCAUUGUUAUCAUUUCCUCCCCUCUGCUCACUAAAAGCGAGGUAUCUUUUCUUUUGACGGAGUUAUCGUGGACUAUAUCGCCAUGCUGUCGCAUAUCAAUUUUUCUAGGCUACUUUCUUACUUCGCUCAAUUCUGGACUCUGGCUUUUGGACAUUUGAUUCAUUUCUAUGCCUCUAUCAAGGUCUACGUAAAUGCAUAAAAGGCGAUAGUAAAUAAUAUAUACAAGAAGGGAAAU